AUGAGCCACGCCCAGUCCGGCCACCUUGAAGGCGACGCCCGCGUCACCGAGGAGUCGUCCGCACGCGGCGCCGACACGUUUGGUACCCUCAACCAGCACCCUGCACUCGAGCACACGGGCGAGAUCCGCGUCGGCGUCAGCAUCGACCGCAACCGUCGCUGCCGCAAGUCCAUGGAAGACGCGCACAGCUUCGUGUACGACUUUGCCGGGCUCAAGGGCCAGGGCUACUUUGCCGUGUUCGACGGCCACGCCGGCAAGAAGGCGGCAGAGUUCUGCGGCCUCCACUUCCACGAGUACCUCCUCGAGAACAUGCGCAAGCAGUCGACGACGCCCAUCCCGCACCUCCUCAACGCCACCUUCCACGCCGUCGACACGCAGCUGUCGGCCCUGUCGGCAUCCGAGGGCUCGCACAGCGGCUCGACCGCCGUCACGUGCCUCGUCCGCCUCGAGGACGAGCAGGGCAACCCGGUCGGCGAGGCGUCGGGCGUCGCGCCGCACGUCGGCAGCGCAAAGGGCGACCUCGUCGGCAAGGCGGGCGAGGCGGCGCGCGAGGCCCAGGCGAGCGGCAUCGACCCGACCGAGGGCAAGCCUGGUUCGGGCGAGGGCCAGCACCCAGCAGACCCGAACGCGACGGCCGCCACCCCGGCCCAGGACGAGUCGUCGAGCCUCAGGAGUAAGAUCAAGAGCGUCUUCCACUCUUCCUCCUCGGGCACGACGCUCAACUCGUCGUCCCCAGGCGGCAGCACCACCGGCGGCGACGCGCAGAGCCACCACAGCUCGCACAGCCCGGCCGAGGUCGUCAAGGCCGCCAAGCGCACGCUCUACACGGCCAACGCCGGCGACGCUCGCGCCGUCCUCUCGCGCAACGGCCGGGCCAUCCGCCUGUCGUACGACCACAAGGGCAGCGACGCCAAGGAGAUCGAGCGCAUCGAGGCCGCCGGCGGCUACGUCCUCAACCAGCGCGUCAACGGCUACCUCGCCGUCACGCGCUCGCUCGGCGACUCGCAGAUGAAGCAGUUUGUCGUCGGCUCGCCCUACACGACCGAGACGACGCUCCGCCCCGACGACGACUUUCUCAUUGUCGCAUGCGACGGGCUCUGGGACGUGUGCUCGGACCAGCAGGCCGUCGACCAGAUCCAGGGCCUGUCUGACCCGCAGGAGGCGAGCGAGAAGCUCCUCCAGUACGCGCUCAGCCACGGUACGACCGACAACCUCACCUGCAUGGUCGUCGCCCUCAACUACAAGGCCUGA